CUAAACCGGCGCUACAAAACACAUGAUCAUUUAAAAACCGGCAAAAGUUAGUGCACAUAACCAAACGAUUGGAUUUAAAAAUAAUGGCUGUGUUUUUUAAUAAUGACUGCACGUAUGGCUGCGGCAAAACGUUUCCUACUAAAUCGUACCUGAUUCAUCACAUAGAAUCGACACAUUUAGAUUUUGAUAUUGAAAUGGAAGAAUAUGAGAGUGAAAUACAAGCUGAUUCAUGUGUACCUCUUAGUUACAUACUGAGGUAUUCUUCGUUUGAAUGUCCGGAUCUAUCAAGUGUCGCAAAUCGUGAGGGCAUUUUCAAUCAUUCCGCGCAAACUGAAAAUCAGAUUUCUUUGGAGCCAUCGACGAACGAUACUGAUCGUUGUGUAGAUGUCAAAUCUGAUCUAAUUUAUGACUCCAACAAUAACGAUAACUUUUGGGUCACAACACUUUCUGAGAAUCUCAAACCGAAGCAGUACAAAUGCUCCUAUCCGGGCUGUAACAAGGCUUACAAAAAUCCGAAUGGUAUUAGGUAUCAUUGGAAAAAUGGCCAUCGAAGAAUUGCAAAGCAAACAAAACAUCCCAAAAGGAAAAAACAAUCUAGCGAUAAACCUAUACGUACCAUAGUUACUCAGAGUACAUCCCCAAGUUCCUUAUAUUGCCUAUCGUCAUGUUAUGUGAACCAGACUACGAAGAUGCAGGCACCUACUGAAAGUGAGAAAGUUAUUCAAACAUAUAAAAAUGGUCUUGUUUCUAUCAGCUAUGCAGUCGGUCAAAAUUACCCACAGACUCAAAAUUUCUGUGAUUAAUUGUGAGAAACCAUAGGCAGCUGUAUAUUUUUAUAUGAAAGCAUUUAAGUUAGUUUAUGUUGUUUUUGAUACAUUUUGUUUAGUUCUUUUUCCUGCUACCUACCGUUUUUGUAAUGAACUGCAUUUACUGUUCUUCAUUAUUUAAUAGCAUGCUCUCUUUUUAUUUAUUCUGACAGAAUGUCGAUUUAUUAAAUUUUUUUUUAAAUUUUGUUUACAAUA